AGACGUGCAUGUGUACAUGCUCAGCUGUCGUCCUUAUCACUAUCUUAAACCACCUAAGGAACUGUGUCUAUAUAUACACAGCGAAAUAGAGUAAAAACUACAGUGAGAAGCAUGAGUCUCGUUCAAGGAAUACUUCUUUCGUGUCUCUUCCUGUCUGCUUUGACAGAAGAAGACGCUUUCAGCCAAUGCCCCUCGACUAUCCCAAGGAACCAGUACUUGCGGACAUUCAGGAAUAGGUGUUAUGAGUUUGCCGUCUACCGGGAGACAUACUGGCCAGUGGCAAAAGCUGAAUGUCGGCGCAAGGGCGGCUUUCUUGUCACUGUUAAUGAUGCGGAAACCCAGGCCUUCCUCGUCAGCUCUCUGGUUGAUUUGGACUUCGCCAACCACGGCAUAUGGAUUGGCCUAAACGAUCAGAAAACUGAGUCCAGUUAUGAAUGGGCCUCGGGUGAUAUCGUCACGUUUACCGACUGGGCAAGCGGGGAGCCAAACUUCGCUCACGGCAUGGAGGAUUGCGUGGUGAUGAAGAGCACCAAAGCGUAUGCGUGGGAGAACCACCCCUGUCAUCUGUCGCCCCAACACUAUUCCUACAUCUGUGAAUACGAGAAGUCCACAACAGCACCCGCAACAACAGCACCCGCAACAACAGCACCCGAGGCAACAACGUCUUCGGGACAAUCUACAAUGGUUUCACAGCAGUAGAUCUGAGAGAAAAUUUGGUGAUUGAUGAAUUCCAACGAUGCCGGAUUUCCAAAUGAGAUAAGAUUGACUGCAUGUAAAUAAAUCAUCGAUGAUGUUAGGUGA